CCUCCUCCUCCUCCCCUCCUCCUCAUCGUCGUCGUCGCCGUCGUCGCCGUUCGCAGGCAGAGCAGCCGCUAGACGGGCCCCAAUCGCAGUCGGGUUCACACUCGCAGUCGCAGUCGCAGUCGCUGGUGCGUGGAGCAUCAGCAGCUUCCGAGGCAGAGACCGAUGUCGCCAGAUCUGGCUCCCCCGCCGGCUCGGACAGCUCUGGGUCGGGGUCGUCGUCGGCGGCAGCAGCGGUGGCGGCCGUCGCCGCCAUGCAAGAGCGGAGGCGGAACCAGCAGGCAUCGCUGCGGCUGUGGCAGGUCAUCAACGGCGGGUUUUUGGCUACGAGCUGGGACUGAUGAUUGCGCUGAGCGUGGCCGUGGCCGACGGGACGGGUAAGGCCUGCGACGUGCCGCUCAUCCGGUGGGCGGUGGCACAGCUCGUGCUUGCUGUCCUCUUUGUGCUCAACACCACCGCCAUGCAGGUUGCCCUGCAUCUCUUCCCGAUCGAGCGCGUCGAUGAGGGCGAGACUGACGAGCCGGACACAGCCUCGAUGCGGCUGCUUUCGGCAUCGUAUUCGUUCGGGCGGAUGCUCAACCUUGUCUUUGUGGUCCUCUUCUUUAUUCAGCUUGCGUGGGUCAUCCGCGCCUCGUCGUGCCACACCACCGCCCCGGUCAUGUACCGGGUGGCGUACGUCACGCUCUUCAUUCACGGAUCGUUCCUCGGCCUCCUCGUCCUCGCCUGGUGCUGCGGUAUGGGCAUCCUCACUGUUUACGUCAUGCUCCAGCCCGAUGCACAGUUUGGCUACGGGCCCGACGCCGCGCCGCGGCUCGAUCCACGGACAGGCACCAUGAUGGGCUGGCUCGGCGGGAGCAGGGUCAAGGUCACCUCGCCGGCCAUCGUUGACGCUCUUGCCGUCGAACGCUACACCGAGGGCAUGUUUGACGACCCCGAGGAUGCGCAGUGUGUCAUCUGCCUCUGCGAGUACGAGCCUCACGACGAGCUCAUCCGACUCGCCACUUGCGUCCAUCACUUUCAUGCCCCCUGCAUCCGCGAGUGGCUCACAAAGUCCUCGCGCCGCUGUCCGCUCUGCAACCAGCCAGUCGAGGACUCGGCCGCCUCCUCCUCGUCCUCCUCGUCGUCGUCGAAUCUCACCGCUUCCUCCGUCUCGUCGUCGUCAUCGGGCCCGAGCGCCUUGCUCCGCCCGGCUCGCCGCACAUCACUCCCAUAACCAUGUCUUUUACCGGUGCAGCCGCCGCCGCGACAAGAUGUCGCGAGUAAAGGCCGACUCUUCACG